GGCGGCGGCGGGGUCCUGCUGCCGGCCGGCGCCAUGGAGGAGUUUCUGCGGCGCGCCCAGACCAAGCUGAGCAGAAGCAAACACCUGGAGAAAGUCCAUGUUGUUCUUGGGAAUAAGUCCUGUGAUUUGGAUUCACUCAUUUCUACUCUGGCCUAUGCCUACUUUCUAGACAAGGUCAGUCCUCCUGAUGUGCUUUGCUUACCUGUGCUGAACAUACCAAGAAGAGAUUUUAGUUACUUCACAGAGACGAGAUAUAUAUUGAAGGAGCUGAAUAUCCCAGAGUCAUUUCAUAUCUUCCGGGAUGAAAUCAAUUUGCACCAGCUGAAUGCUGAAGGGAAAUUGUCUUUAACGCUUGUAAACAGCAACAUGCUGACAAGUGAGGAUAAAAGUUUGGAAUCAGCUGUUGUUAAAGUCAUCAAUCCAGAUGAGCGAUGUGAUUGCAGCCUGGAGUUACAAGCAUCUUCUUCCUCUUUAGUAGUAAAAGAAAUUCUUCAAGAGGCACCAGAUUUAAUCACUCAGCAACUGGCUUAUCUCCUCAGAGGAAGCAUUCUUUUCAAGUGCAUGUCUUUGGAGACUGAAACUAUUACGAAGCAUCACGAGAAGGUACUAUCAAUGCUAGAGGAAAAGUUCCCAGAUCUUCCCCCACGAGAGGAAAUUAUCUCUGUCCUCCAGGAUACUCAGUUUAACUCACAAGGUAUAAAUACUGAGGAGAUUAUGCUGAAGGAUCUGAAGGAAAUUUCAGAUGGAGAAAUCAAAGUAGCAAUUAGCUCUGUGUACAUGACACUGGAGGACUGUGUUUUACAGAGGAGUCUCAUUGGUGAGCUGAAAGCGUUCGUAGAUAAAUACGGGUUUGAUGUACUUGUCAUUUUGGCCAACUGUGUGUCAGAUGAGAAGCAAACAAAACGACAGAUAGCAGUAUACUCGGAAAACUCAGAGCUAGGCAAUCAAAUCUGCUGUGAAUUAGAAGAAUGCCAGAAUCCUUCGUUGGAGCUGGAUCCCGUAGAAUGUGAAUGCGACCAAAUUCUCAUUUAUCAUCAAGAAAAUUCUUUGGUGACCUGUGAUCAAAUUUUUCUUCUAGUUAAGGAAGUUGUAAAUAGAAGACAACCAGAAACGGUGUCAAACAGCAGAACUUCUUCUACUGAAGCUGUUGCUGGCAGUGCUCCACUUUCACAAGGUUCUUCUGGUAUCAUGGAGUUAUAUGGUUCUGAUGUAGAGCCACAGCUGAGUUCUGCCAAUUUAACAGAAAAUGCUCAAGAUAUAAAUGGAUCUAUGCAAGCUCAUGUUGAUGUCAAUAUAGACCUUGUGAGUCCCGACAGUGGACUGGCUACCAUUAGGAGUAGCCGGUCUUCCAAGGAGAGUUCUGUUUUCCUUAGUGAUGAUAGCCCUGUUGCAGAAGGUGCUGCUUCCCAUCACAGUCUGUUGCCUGGCUUUGAUUCCUGUAGUCCUAUUCCUGAAGGAGCAAUAGCCAAAGAAGAAAAACCUGAAUCUAGAGAUAAUAAUGAUAACUUUGAUCUUUUCAAUUUCGAUCUAACACCCAUGGUCGCAGCUCCAUCGGAAUCAUCGUCUCAUUCUGUUGAUUGUUCCCCAGCAGACGACUACUUCCUCAGUAGUGAUUCGUUAGAAGGACAGCUCACUGUGCAGAAAGAACUUGUUGAGACAGACCUGCUAGAAAACAGUACAGUGAAUUAUUCGACUGACUUACUUAGGACAACAAAUGAAGAAGAUAAUUUAGCAGAAUCUGAUGAGAAUCCAGAACACUGUGAGAAAAUUCCAAGUUUGAUUGAUGUAGGUGAAGGUGAUUCUUCUUCACCAGAGUUGUUGAAAUCUGCUGAUUCAAGAAUUCCACCAACUCCUAUGAACAGCCUUGUAGAAACAUCACCAUUAGACAAUGGGCAGCCUUUAUUUUUCCCACAAGAUGUCAUUAAAAAAAUUAAUGAAAUAGAUGACACAAGCUAUUCUCAGACUCAUGUUAGAUAUGGGAGUUGGUGGGAUGGAUUUGACUUAGAGUCCAGAAAUGCUGAUACAUGGAGUUCAAGUGAGCAGGAAUCUGUAUUUCAGAGCCCUGUCUUAUGGCAAGAUUGUAAAGAAAGUCCUUUGCUUAGAAAACAUAUUGAUAGAAGAGCCUCAGAUUCUGUGUUCCUCCAAAAGCAGCCAAAGCAAACAGAACACAUGAGAGCAGGUCUGUGGGAUAAUCAGUUUAAGCAAGAUAAUCAGAAUCGUGAAAAUCAAGAGAGAAGUGGUGAACAUUUGUGUUUGCAAACUACUCCUUUAGAGGAGACAAAGCAAGAAUCAGAGAACUUUACUGACCCUUGGCAGGUUAGUCAGCUGACACCUCUGACAUCAGAUGCAUGGUGUAGUGGUGACAGGAAAGGUAAUCAGUUAGCUGGAGACCCUUACGAAGUUUGGGCUAAGUUUGAUGCAGAAGAUAGAUCCCCAGAAAAUAUGUGGAACAUACACAAAGUGGGUAGAGAAAAAAAUUCUAUGAAUGUUCCUGAGGAAUGGGCCACAUCAAGUAAUAGUUUAGAAGAACCUUUACAAAUUGCAGUCAGUGCAGACAGCGAGACUGAAAAUCCACCUAUCCAGGUAUCUCCAGAAGCCUGGAAUAAAGAAAGAUAUUAUUCAAUAGAAGAAUAUGGAAACUCUGAUAAUACAGAUUCUGUUUUCAACAAUAUGCAAAAUAAUUCCAAGCUGGGAACAGAGGAAAAAAAUGUAUUGAGUGACUCUAAACAGAGACAAAACCAAAUUGGAACUAUACAAACCUGGGAUUUGUAUGAUGAAAACAUGAGGAAAGACAUUACAGAAGUAGUGGUGCCAUGGGAAGAUACCUUCUUGUAUAAAAGCUCAGAUCUUAGUUCAUCAAACAUAGUGGAAGAUUUGGUUAUUUCUCCACCAGACACCAAUUAUUCGACAUCUGAUUCAUAUAUAUCACCUACAUUUUUGGGAGAUGAAAGAGAAAAUGAGGACAAAGAUUUUGAUGAAGAAACAGUUAUUGAUGAGUCGAUAACCUCAAAUUUGUCUGAGCCAAAACUACUUGAGAAAGCAGAUAAGAAACCAUUGUCUCCUAGAGACAUGAGUUUUUCAAGCACCAGAAACACAGGUAUCUGGCAUCCUCCCUUAAACAAAGUCACUGAGUUACAGAGAAAUUCUGAAAUGAAUGCACUACCUGCCUCUGCUACACCUUUCCACGAUUCAGAACACGAAGAUAAUUACUGUUUUUCCACGGAGAUACAUAGCAGUGAAAAGAAUUUUUCUGCACCCAAAACCAGAAGAAUACCUCUGGUAUACAAUCAAACAGUGAAUGACUUAUCACCAUUACAGAACGAUUUCGAUACUAGACAUACUGCAGCUGAAAUUGUAGAAACAGUGAGCAGCGUUCCUGUAGAAGACACAGACACAUCUACACCAACUUCAGACACUGGGAAUGAUUUGGAUCUGAAAAUACUUGACUUAGAGAGUCAAAUACUUGGUAAGAAGGCAGCACAAAAUGCUGCUGAUGUUGAUGAAAAGCUGGAUAACCAGAAUUCAGUGCAGCAGCUGAAUUCACAGAGUGUACAGCGUGAGAAGAGUUGUGAAGAGGGCUGGGACAAUACCGUUGUCAUCACUCAGGAAGGGAAAGAGGAAUAUAACAGAAAACAUGAGAUACAUGGACAGGAAAUGAUUAGUGGCAUUUGUAACAAACCAGUGCAGGAGGACUCUGAAUCUUCCUGUAAUGCAGAUUUGGAAGAAAGCAAGUCAACAACUGAAGUUCUUGGCUCCCCAGAAGAAAACAUAAACAGUCUUAGCCUGGAAGCAUUAAUCACAGAGAAUGAAUCAUUUUCCAGUCAGAGUAAUACAGUUAGUGAGGAAGGAAGGAAAGACUUGUCACAGAAUAGUGCAGAAUCUUCUUCGAGCGCUUCUGAGGAAGGCAGGAAUUACAAAUCUUUUGAUGACUCCAGACCACAAAAUUACAAUUACAGUGAGACAUCACAGCUGCUUUCUGAGAAAGCUGAAAAGGAGAUUACAGUGACAGAGGAUGCAACAAGUCCUGAUAUGGAAAGUUCUGAUAGAGAUACUGAUAAUCCUGAAAAUAAUUCUUCUGAAAUGUGUGUAAGUUCAGGUGUCUGGAACAGCUGUGGAAAGAGUGGUCAUCACUUACCAGUAUCAGUUGCUUUGAUGAAUGAAGAACAAGAACUGACAGAAGUCAAAGAAGGACUACAUGAAGUGAGUCCUCAUUAUCCAGACAUUUGUAAUUCUGAGGUAGUAUCUUUCAAAAACAGCUCAGAAGUGAUUAGGACCCAUAAAAACUCAUUCAUAGGUGAGUCUAAGGAGAGUCCUUCUUUUGGAUAUGUCUGUGUUCCUAACAUUGCAGAUAUGUCAGUGGUGGCAAACUCAUUUUCACUUGAAAUAGGUUCUGAGAGAGAUGAAAACUCUGAAAAAUUAGAUCUUGCUAAUAAUCUUCGUGGAGAGCCAAGUCUAAUGUCUAAUGACAGUUUUCCCCAGACUGCUUGGAAUUCUCAGCCAUGUGAAGAUUUGCUGUCUCCUGGAACAAGUCCUGAGGGAAGUGAAGUUCUUGAAAUGGCAAAUACCACAAGUAGCCUUUCAAAAGAUAUACAGAUCAAAAGUUAUUUGGAAGAAGAUAAUGUGUGGAGUCAUUCAAUAAAUGACUAUGCACACUCAAGUGGAACAAGUCCUGAUCUGAGUGAUGCAUCUGUGAAUGUGUGGGGAGACCUUCCAGUUGCCAGUCAUCACAAAAGAAGUAGGGAUAUAUGUGAUAUUAAAAAUGAUAAAAAUCUUGAGGAUGCUUGUAAGAGAAAUGAAUUUGGGAAUGGACGCAAAGAAGGAUUUGAAACAAGUGCUGAGCACAGUGAAAUUCCUAGAACUUUAGAUUUUUGGAAUGCCCAUGUAGAUGAUGAUUCUGUAUCUUCUUUAUCAAGUCCUGACAUAAAUGAAGAUUCAGAGAAUUCAGAGGCAUGUUCAGAAGUGGUUCAUGAAGAUUCCAUAAAUGAAAACAAACAGCACAAAAUGUCUGAAAUUGGAGAGGAUUAUGCUCAAUCCAAUGCAUCAAGUCCCGAAGCAAACACAGAAAACUUACUGGUAAAAACUAAGCUGGAAGGAUCUGUCCAGGUCGGCAUUCUCAGUGAAAGCCCUGAAACAACUGUAGCUGGGAAAGUACUGCAAGGGGACCUGACUGUAAUGGAGCACAAUGAGACUUCUGAAUGUUUAGGUUACUGGAAAACAUUUCAGGAAAAAGAUCAGGUGAGUAUUCUCAGUGAAAAAACAGCUAGCAGAGAACAAUUAUCUCAAAUGAAUGAAGAUAGUACACUGACUUUUGCUGUUGGUGAUAAAAAAGAGGAUUCUUCUAAAGCUGUAGAUAUGUGGAGCAUGUCCUCGGAAACUGAUUUAAGAACAGAUCCAAAAUCCACAGUAGGAACAUUUGCUUUUCCAACUGACAGUUCAGAAUGGUGGAAUUCACAGCCUUGUGAGGAAAAGCAAUUGAAAGAUCAGUGUUCUGUUUCAAGUCACUCUGCAACAAACCAAUUAGCCAGCAAUAAGGAGGACUUCUGGAGAUCACCUUCACAAGGUGAAGAAGUAACAGAGCCAUGUUUCAGUAAUGGAAGUAAUGAUGGAAAUCAGCCUCUUCCCUUGUGCUGUGAUGAGAGUGAAAAUGGAAGGCUAGUAUAUUCUGUGAAUAUUCCUGAUGAUCUUAGAUACCAAGGCACUGUACAGUUCAAACAGUUUGAUCCUUUCAUCCUGGAUGAAGAAGGAAAGGUCUUGAAAGAGCAGUUGUUUCCUACAGAUCAUGAAAAUCAGCUGACUCAGCUGAGUAGUUUUUCAGAUGAAGAGCAAGGUAUGCUAAAUCCAUCGGUUCAAGAAAUCACUGCACUGGAUCUGCCUAAAGAAAAUGAAGGAAAUGUAACUCUCAUCUCUCAAGAGCAGCAGUGGGAUACCUGUGAAGGUGUAGAAGUGCGAAACUCCCUGCCAGAUGCUUUCACUGUAGAAGACUUAUCUUUUGAAAUGACAGAGAAGUCAAGUCCAGGGUGGAGUAUAUUAGUUCCCUCAACUGCACAUAUCCCAGAUAUCUUACAGGAUAACACACAGGAAAAUAGUCAUCAUUUAUCAGUGGAACCUGACCUAUGGACUAAUGCUGAGCAGACUGUCACUUUGAAAUCAGAUGGUGAAAAUCCUGAUAUAUUAAGUCACUAUGACCAAGACAAUAGUUCAGAUGUAUCAUUCAAUCCUGAUGUGUGCCAGGAGUAUGAGGAUAAGCAUGCUUCUACCCCAUAUUCUCAGAUUGGGAUGGAUCCUGAAGACAAAAGUAGUCAGCCAAUUCACAUGUGGUCAAACAAGAGUAAAGAGGCAGAUUUUGAUUCAGAAUGUCAGCUAGCAAUGCAGAAGGUAGAGACACAGUGUGAAAGCAGUAGCCCCCAGGACUAUGAGCAGGGAAAGACUGAUGAAUCCUAUCAGCUUAUCUCUUCGAAUACUCAGGAGGCUCUUGAGUCUGCAAUUUCAGAAGAGCAUGGUCUAGAAAAUAAACUUAUUACUGACCCAACUGAAAUCACCAGUGAAUUUUUAAAAGUAAUGUCUGUAGAUGUGAAAGACAUGUUUCACAAAAAUCAUACUCCUACAAGUCAGCAUGCAACACCAACUGAUAUAGCUCAAAUAGCAAUCUCACAAAUGCAGCUGGUUCCUGUGGAUUUUACUUUACCUCACAGGGCAGAACAGUGCCUCAGAGAAAUCAGUGCCUUGGCUGAAGUUGAAAAAUAUUCUGAUACUGACCAUACAGCAGUCACUGGUGAUAAGCUAGACAAGUCAGAAGAAUGUGUAGAUGAAUCUGAGACAGAGGUAGAACAUGACAUAAAGAACACAUCAGUUAUUAGUGCCUCAGCAAGUACAUGUGGUAGGCUGAACGUGCUAGCAGCAGAAGGGAAAUCAGAGGAUGAACAGGUAGUCUCUUCCAAAUCCUUUCUGCCUGGUGCUAAUGAAUGCAACGAAUCUGAUUCAGAUAGACAACUGGCUGAUGACAGAGAAAAAGAACCUGAAGAUGUAAUUGAAAAUUGUGUCACUGUGUUUAAGAAAGUGCCUUGUGACCAGACACCGGUGGUGUGUGCUCCACCAUCCUAUGUAUCUUUUGAUGCUGAACCCUCUGGCAGCAGAGUACGUGUAAAGGAUGAGCAGAUGCUACAUCAGCCAUUCUGUGACAGUGUUCGUUUGGAAAAGGCUUCACCAUUGCCAACUCCUGUGGAACAUGCAGAAGGCAUCGUAAUGACCGAAGAGAGCAGUAUUCAAGACCAGGUGUCCAAAAUGCCCACGGAGUGCCUCCAGGAAACUGACACCUCGGAACCGUCAGUCUCCACAUCUGCAGUAGCUCUAGGAGCUUCUGAGAUUGUGAUAGGAGAAUCUGAGGCAGAAACGUAUCAUCUCGACUCACCGGCAGGUGGAGAUAAAAGAUCACCUGAUGAAGCUGGUGUGUGCACCCCACUUCAUUGGGAGAAUAUGCUGAGAAAGUCCUCUGAGAGCCCUGAACUGAAAACUACAGAGGCUGAGGAAGACUGGAGGAUGCAGGUACGCCAAUGUCUGACUUCAGUGGAGAUGGAUUACAUCCUUGUUACUGGGGAAGAAAAUACACCUUCAGCAAAGGGUACUCUUGAAAGAAACAAAACUGAUUUUGCCUUUCUAGAAGCUAAUGUAGCUGAACAGAUAGAAUCUUGUAAAGCCUUUUCACCGGGCUCCUCGGAUACUUUUCAGCCAAUCUCCAUUACAAAUGAAAGGGAAGGUCACACCAUUUGUGGGACUGAAUGGGAUUCUGUUCACUUAGCAGAGAAAAGUUCUGUUGUGCCUCAAAAUCUGGAUGAUGAAGGGUCACAGGAAAGCUGUGGGCAAGAUGAAGGCUGGAUUAUGUUGAGCCAAAAUGAAGUUAGUGACGUGUUGCCUGAAGAAGUUUCUGCUGAAUCAAAAAUGUUAGAAUCAGAGUCCGGACGUUCUGGCACAGAACCAAAAGCUGUUUCAGCACAGGAAUUGAUGCAUGACACUCGGGCAAAAUUUCAGCUAGAAACUGCCUUUCAGAAAUCUUCUGAAUAUGAAAGCUGUUCUCCUCCAGACAGCCUGACUGUUGUGGAUGAAAGUUCAGGCAUCGAGGGAACGCGUGUGUUGAAGGCAGUGCAUUGUGAUGCAUGGGAAGAAAGUUCUCAGCAGGGACUUGGAAACAAUGUAGCAACAGAACAAGAAAUGAAGGAGGAGAAGGUGCUUCUCAACAAUGAAGAAGAGAUGAGUCAAAAAUCACGGUUAGUACAAGACGAUGUAGGGAUGGACAUCCCAUUUGCUGAGGGUGUACUAAGCUCCCAUUCUACAGAGAUGAGACCUGAGCCUCCCAAUUCUCUUGAUCUUAAUGGUUCCCAUCCCAGGAGAAUAAAGCUGACUGCUCCAAAUAUCAAUUUGUCUUUGGAUCAGAGUGAGGGGUCUAUACUUUCUGACGAGAAUUUGGAUACACCAGAUGAAAUUGACAUCAAUGUGGAUGACCUUGACACUCCUGAUGAGGCAGACUCCUUUGAAUAUACUGGACAAGAAGAGCAGACUGCUACUAAGGAGGCUUCCCAGGAAGAGACUGAAUCAAUUCCAGAGUAUACUGCUGAAGAGGAGCGAGAGGACAACAGAUUAUGGAGAACAGUGGUUAUUGGAGAACAAGAGCAAAGAAUUGAUAUGAAAGUCAUUGAACCUUACAAAAAAGUCAUUUCACAUGGAGGAUACUAUGGUGAUGGUCUGAAUGCUAUCAUUGUGUUUGCAGCAUGCUUCUUGCCAGACAGCAGUCGAACUGAUUACAACUAUGUCAUGGAAAAUCUUUUCCUCUAUGUAAUCAGUACCUUAGAGCUGAUGGUAGCUGAAGACUAUAUGAUUGUCUACUUGAAUGGGGCAACACCAAGAAGGAGAAUGCCUGGACUAGGCUGGCUGAAAAAAUGUUACCAGAUGAUUGAUCACCGAUUGCGGAAGAAUUUGAAAUCAUUCAUAAUUGUUCAUCCGUCAUGGUUUAUCAGGACAAUUCUGGCUGUGACACGACCUUUCAUAAGCUCUAAGUUCAGCAGUAAAAUACAGUAUGUCAACACAUUGGCAGAGCUUCGUGAGAUGAUUCCAAUGGAAUAUGUGCACAUACCAGACAAUAUAGUCAAGUAUGAUGAAGAGAAGUGCAUUAAAAGAAGAAUGAGACUGGAUGAAGAGCUGAGGGAAGCUUCAGAAGCAGCUAAAACUAGCUGCCUCUCCAAUGAUCCAGAAAUUACUUCAGUGGAGCAGGACAUUGAUAUGACCCUGAAAUGAAAAGCACUGCUGCCAGGCAUUUGAAGAAGAGGAUCUGCUUGAAUUUUCAUCACUCAGACACCCAUGAUCAUGGAGUAGAACAGGCAAUUGUGGUUAAUUUUAUUUGGUUUAUGAUUUUUUUCCAUUUGAUUCAUCAAUUCAGAAAGGCCAAAAGGGACAAUCCUGUUGCUGUGGAAACAGCAGAAUUAUAGGACUGACUGUUUGUGGUGUUUUCAGAAACAGAGUUUUCAUCAAGAAAGCCAUAUAAUCUAGCACUGAUUUCUCUGUGUGUGCAGUUCCUGUUUAAAAGGAUACCAUUUUGCUAACGUGAACAACUCAAUGAGGAUGUGGGUUUUUGUUUCAUUUUUGUCUUCAGCAUAUUAAUGUUUAUGUAUUGAUGAAGAGAACAGUUAUCAUUACAGUGAAUGUAAGCUUGGUUAUGUCAGGGAGCAGCAGCAACUUUAUUGUUUAAAAGUAAUUCUGGAAAUGAGGCAAGACGUUCUUGAAUUUAUGUUUCUUGCUGUCUGGAAAGUCUUUCCAUUUAACCCUAAUGACUUCUUUUAUUCAGUCACAGAAGAGGCAGAAGCACUGAAAAAAAACCCUCCAAACUAAUAGCCAUUGAAUAGCCUUCCUAGUGGACAAAUAAGUAACUUAAAUGAAUUUAAUGUUAAUAAUUUAUCAAAUUACUAUAUAUAAAAUUUAAUAAUUCAUUAUUUUGGGGGAUGGUUUUUAUAGGAGCAGCAAAUCCUAUAAGUGAUUGUUGUAUGUUCUAAAACCCUUGUAGAUUAUUUUUUUGUGUGUGUUUCCUAAAUCUGUUUUUCCAAAACUUAAGUUAUGAGUUUUCAGAUGUAAUCCUAGCACCAAUUAUGAAGGUUAUUACUGCUAUGAAUAUGAAAAAAAAAAAAAACCAAACAGCUAAUUUUGAAGGUUAAACGUGUAAAUCUUCAGUUGGGCAUCACACUAAUUUGUUAGGAAUGGAUUUCAAAAUAUAUUUGAAGAGUGUCUAAUGUGUUUAUUAAAAGAGAGGCUUUGCAAUGCAGUUUAUUAUGUAUGUCAUAGAACAUGACAGUAAAAAUGUGUUUGUUGCUGUCCUGUGUGCUGGCACAAGUGACACUAUGCUAAGUCCUCAUGCUCAGUGGAAGAUAAAUUUGGUCUCUCAGACUGCCCUUUUGCAAGAGAGUGCAAAUUAAUGGUCAAGUAAAUUCUAUUUGUCUGCUUUAAAAAUAUAAAAGUCAAUAAUAUAAUUAGUGCUUUCACUUCCCUCUAAUGAAAAUACACAUGCACAUUCCAAGCCUGCUGAGUCACCUACCAUUUGGGAUGUUCUAAUUGAAGUUAGGACCUAACGGAAGUAACUGUGUUGUGCACUCUCUGAAAUAAUAUUCCUACACUGGUGAGAUUUUCAUAAGUCCUAGAACUACAUCUGUGGAUUCUCUGCGUUGUCUGUGGAUAAGUCUUUAGGCAUAACAAUUCAAGAUAAUUUGCACCUUCUUUUUAUGUUUGUGCUAGCUCCGGUCCUGCUUCCAGUCCAGAAUUAUUGAUGAAAGAGAAGACAAGCAAAAGUUUUCCUGGGAAAUAAAGUUUAAGCAGUGUCAGCCUUGAAAUUUCAGUAGCAUCUAAACUGAGAGUGAAAAUUCUAUUUUGUUCUUCAUUUCUAAGACUGUUACUUUUAUUCUCUGUUUUGCACAAUUCUCUCUCUGUCAAUUUGCAUCUUGUUUACAAGGUAGCCUGCAGACAAGGGAGCAAGCAUCUAUCAUUGUGUGUGCAGUUGUUCAGCUACUGUAUUGAAGGCUGACUACGUAGUCAGAAAGGCGAGUAAUGGCCAAAUGGUUUCUUAUCUGCUGUCAUCAGGACUGAAAUAUCUGCACUCCUGCAGUCCUGGCUCUGUACAGACAGAUGGGGCAUCACAUCUCUGUCAUGUUAGCUAGCCUGCUGCAUUGCAUCUUUCUGUCAGUUCCUGUCAAUUUUUACAGAGGAAGGACCUAAUCCUGCUGGCCAUUGUUUCUGCUCUGUAACUUUAUCCUGAGUUAGGAUCUGGUAGUUUCCACUUUUUCUCAGAUAUUUGAAUCUUGGCUUGUGUCUGCCUUAUAAAAGUGCUGUCACUUAGUAUAUUGGGGAUAAUGUUUUAUGUACAGGUAAAUAUUUGUAUUAAUUUAUAGAUCCUAAUUAAGCUUUACCUAGAUCUAAACUAUUCAAAGCAUUUACUAGCAUGAGGUUACAUUUUCUGUAGAUCUGUAGUUCAAGAUACCUAGAAUGAGACAAAUUACUUACGUCGAGAGAAGUGUUUGCUAAAAGAGAAGUUCACCAUGGAAGAGAAGCUCAGCAGAAAUCUUUAUGCAUUCUUUGAGACCCAAGUGGGAUAUAAGAGAUUUGUGGUCUUAAUGGUGGAUGCUUGCUCUGAUGUGCUUUUAAUUCUAAAGGCUUUGUGUGGAAUUAAUAAACUGCAAAGCUAAACACGGAUUAAUGUGAUAAAUGUGGGUGAACUAGCAGUUGCAGCCUAAGACAGAAGGAAUUUGUUUAAGCCAACUGUCACAUUAAAACAAAUGGGGCAUCAAUGUUAUGGUGCAAAAAUGAUUGCAAGAUAGUGUGAUUGAUUUGCUUAUUAAUAUAUAUUUUGCUAUGUUUUUUAAUGUUAUGAUAUGGCAAUCCUAUAUUAUACUAACAAUGCAUCAACACUAUUAAAUUUGUAGUUCGUUGAAAGAGGAAUAUAGUACAUAUAAUUGCACAAGUAUGAUCUUUUAUACACAUUUUUUUUUCUACUGUGUAUCAAAGUGCUCAGAUCUAUUAUAAAUUAAUAGUUACAAAGUUUGUUUUUUUGUUGUUAAAAGACCUAUGCUGACUCAAAUCAUAGAUAAAGCAAUACAGGAAUAUCUAAUAUCGUUGUAUACAUCUAUAUAUGUAUGAAUCAGAAAUAAAGAACUGCAGCCCACCACUGGAA